AGCUCUCCCUUUCUGCAGCCAGCUCGCCUUGACAGCCGACACUGGCGCAGAGUCUCAGCACAAACCUAAAAAGCUAUACCAUAAUUUUUCUGGUUUACAACGAUAAUUCACACCUGUGCUACUUUUCACACAUCUUCUUCCGGAGACAAGCGUCGGAGCGGCCUCGUCUAGAAUGGGGAACCGAGACGAUGAAUACGAUUUCUUGUUCAAAGUCGUGUUAAUUGGGGACUCGGGUGUAGGAAAGAGCAACCUGCUCUCUCGAUUCACACGGAAUGAGUUCAACCUAGAGAGUAAGAGCACUAUCGGGGUGGAGUUUGCCACACGCAGCAUCCAGGUGGACGGCAAGACGAUAAAGGCUCAGAUCUGGGAUACAGCAGGACAGGAGCGCUACAGAGCCAUCACCUCGGCAUACUACAGAGGGGCAGUGGGGGCGCUCUUAGUAUACGACAUAGCGAAGCACCUGACCUAUGAGAACGUGGAGCGCUGGCUGAAGGAGCUGAGGGACCAUGCUGACAACAACAUUGUCAUCAUGCUGGUUGGCAACAAAAGCGACCUGCGCCACCUGCGGGCCGUGCCCACAGACGAGGCCCGGGCCUUCGCAGAGAAGAACAAUCUGUCAUUCAUAGAAACAUCAGCCUUGGACUCUACAAAUGUUGAAGAAGCCUUCAAGAACAUCCUUACAGAAAUCUACCGCAUCGUAUCGCAGAAACAGAUUGCUGAGCGGUCUGCCCAUGAUGAGUCCCCAGGAAACAACGUGGUGGACAUCAGCGUGCCACCCACCACGGACGGCCAAAGGGGGAACAAACUGCAGUGCUGUCAGAACCUGUAACCCAUGGCAACCGCCCUCCUCACCUGGGUCGAUUAUUAAUUGAAAUCUUCGGUGUUGGUAUGCUUCCAUCUGCCUGGGGGUGCAACGUUGCCUGAAUCUGCACUUUUUAGAUCAACCGAAUUGUUUCCAUUAUGCCACAAAAGAUCAAUCCCAGAAAGACGCGUUUGGAUGGAUUUCAAAUUAUAAUCUGACCCAGGUUCAGUCUGCUACAUUCUAGUGCAAAAACAGGACUGAUGGUACCGCACGAGUAGCUACCACAGUUACCCCACGGUGUAGUGUAGCAGAAUAGCUUUGCCUGAGACCUUGUAAGCCUAGAUAUCCCCCUGAUAGACGAUUGUUGCCACAUGUUGGAGGCCUGGGUUUGAAUCCUGCCUGUUUCAGCAGUACCAGCAGUCCUGUUUUUGGGCUCCACUCCUCCCUGUUCAGUCAUCAUCUCAAAAGUGGUUGUGACGCUGCUGAUGCUUAUUUCAUUUUUAUGUAAAAUAUAUUCUUUUUUUUUUUUGUUUGAUUUUGAUAGCUUGUCUGCUCACAUACAUUAUAUUAAUGCCAUGAAAUUAAAUUUUACA